UCUCCACUCCUCUCGUCUCAUUUCAAACAUUCUUAAUUUCUUGUUCGAUCGAUUCAAAGAGAGACAAAACUAAUCGAGAGAAACAUAUAAGAAGAAGAUGGGGUCCACAGGCGAAACCCAGAUGACUCCGACGCAAGUCUCCGACGAGGAAGCCAACCUCUUCGCCAUGCAGCUGGCCAGCGCCUCCGUGCUGCCCAUGGUCCUCAAGACCGCCCUAGAUCUCGACCUCUUGGAGAUCAUGGCGAAGGCCGGCCCCGGCGCGUACCUCUCACCUUCCGACGUCGUCUCCCAACUCCCGACGAAAAACCCCGGCGCGCCGGUGAUGCUCGACCGCGUCUUGAGACUCCUGGCCUCCUACUCCAUCCUCACGUACUCGCUGAGGAAUCUUCCCGACGGCAAGGUCGAGCGGCUGUACGGACUGGGGCCGGUGUGUAAGUACUUGACAAAGAAUGAAGAUGGCGUCUCUAUUGGCUCUCUCUGUCUCAUGAAUCAGGACAAGGUCCUCAUGGAGAGCUGGUACCACUUGAAAGAUACAAUUCUUGAAGGUGGAAUUCCAUUCAACAAGGCUCAUGGAAUGACCUCAUUUGAUUACCAUGGAACAGAUCCAAGAUUCAACAAGAUUUUCAACAAGGGAAUGUUCGACCACUCCACCAUUACCAUGAAGAAGAUUCUCGAAACCUACAAAGGCUUCGAAGGCCUCACAUCGCUGGUUGAUGUCGGCGGCGGCACCGGAGGCGUGCUUAGCAUGAUCGUCUCUAAAUACCCCUCAAUUAAGGGCAUUAACUUUGAUUUGCCUCAUGUCAUUGCAGAUGCUUCCCCGUUACCAG